UCGUAAAUAAAAUGCAGCCAUUGCGUUAAACGUCUCAUUCAGUUUGACUGUCAAUUGCAGGCGACAGGUGUUAUAGCUGUCGUGCCAUUGGUUUGGGCAAUGAAAUGCAAUUCUAAGAAGCUUUGAAUGGACAUCAAGCGUUUUUAGAGUGCGCCAACUGAAUGCAAAUACAUGUCUAUAAAGGCCAUUACGAAAAUGCCGGUCUCAGCAGGUCGCAAAGCUUUUUAUUAGAGACUCUCGCACUCUCUCACACUCUCAUCAGCACUGUGUAUAUCUCACCCCACACACAUUUGAGCUUUCGUGCCGGUCUCCCAUAGCUACAAGUUGUUGCAGUGUACUCGUAUAUCCGCAUCCUGUUGUCUACUACUACUAUCUUCGAUUGUAUAUGUGGGUGUGGGCGUGUGAGGGUGCUUGUCUCCCCUCCUCCCAUCAUGUGCAGGUGGGCCGUCCGGAAAGCUUUCAGUACAUCGCAGUUUGGUGCUGCCAGUCGUCACCAUUAGACGUGUGUGCGCGGUCGCCAGUCUGCCUGCAUCAUCGUCGUUUUAGUACAAGUAAAUUAUCGUUGGCGUUCUUAUCAUAGCACCAGUUGCUCGGCAACCUAACACUCUGCUCUGGGCCUGGUUUCGUAUUGUCGUCGGAAUUAAUUUUUUUGUGUGAGUGGCGUGCGCGCGAAUUUUUCCUGCUUUGAAGCCAAGAACUAUGCUCUAGAUUAGCUGGAGAGCGAAAGUGACAGUGUGAGAAAACGGCGUCGUAGAAUAAUAGGCCCCCGGUUGGCUGGGGUUCAGAGCAGAGAUAUAAAAACCGGAACAGCACAAAUCUGAAACCUUUUUACAUCCAGCUCGUAAAAUUGGGGACAUCACCAAAGUGACGAGCUGACAACAAAUGUAACUCACAUUGCAACAGAGUUGUACAUUGUAGUCGUCGAUAAAAAUAAAGAAGAAAAAGCUCCCAGAGCGAACCGAACAUAAUAUCCACAGGCGUUAACUCAAAUGGCUGACGAUGAUUUGCGAGCCCUGGCUAACAGCCUACGGGACACAACUUCAGAAAAUACGGUGAAGAAUGCCAUUGCAAACCUUUCGAUGGACCUGCUACAAAGAGCGAGCGCCUUGAUAGGCGGUGACCAAAGGCCCGAGACCGUUGCAUUGCUAUUAAAUCGAACAAUGGAGCUGCAAUGUGUGCAGCAAGCUGAAAAGGAGAUGCAAUCGAGGAGCAAUUUCACCGAAAAAGAUACAGUCAACAAAGGGUCUCUCCACUGCCCGACUUCGUUUGAUUCUGUACUUUGUUGGCCCCGCACCACUGGCGGUCAGUUUGCCAUUCUUCCCUGCUUUGAAGAGUUCAAGGGCGUGCAUUACGACCCAACACAAAACGCUACGCGCUUUUGUCAUUCCAACGGCACCUGGGAUACCUAUUCAAAUUAUGAUGGUUGUCAUCAGGCGGGCACAGGACCCGUGCUUUCGGAAUUUUCACCCAGUGUGGAAUUGCCAGCCAUUAUUUAUGCAUGCGGCUAUUUGGUCAGCUUUGCUACCUUAGUGGUCGCCCUAAUUGUAUUUGUAAGCUUUAAGGACUUACGCUGUCUAAGGAACACAAUACAUGCGAAUCUUUUUCUCACCUAUAUCACCUCGGCAUUGCUUUGGAUACUGACGCUAUUCUUGCAAGUGAUAACCACCGAAUCUAGUCAGGCUGGUUGUAUUACGCUGGUCAUUAUGUUUCAAUAUUUCUAUCUGACGAAUUUCUUCUGGAUGUUCGUUGAGGGCCUCUAUCUCUACACGCUGGUAGUGCAGACGUUCUCCAGUGAAAACAUCAGCUUCCUAAUCUAUGCACUUAUUGGCUGGGGCAGUCCGGCACUCUGCAUUCUCAUCUGGGCCAUUGCCAAGGCGUUUGCAUCGCAUCUCGAGAACGACAAUUUUAAUGGCCUGGAAAUCGAGUGCACAUGGAUGCGUGAAUCUCACAUUGAUUGGAUAUUUAAGGGACCAGCUUGUUUGGCCAUUUUAAUUAAUUUAGUAUUUCUCAUACGCAUUAUGUGGGUCCUCAUCACCAAAUUACGCUCAGCACACACAUUGGAGACGCGUCAGUAUUACAAGGCCUCAAAGGCAUUGCUGGUUCUGAUACCGCUCUUUGGAAUUACCUAUUUGUUGGUGCUAACAGGCCCCGAGCAAGGCAUCAGUCGCAAUCUCUUUGAGGCCGUGCGAGCAUUUCUUAUAAGCACACAGGGUUUCUUUGUGGCGCUUUUCUACUGCUUUCUCAAUUCGGAGGUGCGUCAAACGCUACGGCAUCGGUUUAUAAGGUGGCGCGAGAAUCGCAGCAUUCAUCGAACCAGUUCUGUGAAAAAUCGCAGACAUCGUGCAUCCAAAGACUACUCGCUGCGCUCGCGAACCGAAAGUCUACGACUGACCUCGACGAGUCCCGUGCCCACCGGUCACUCUGAAUGAACUGAACUGUAUCUUCUAUGUUAUAGAUAUUUACUUUUUGUAAAAUGUUUUCUGUUAAACAGUAACGCAUGCUAGCUCAUAUUAAGAUAACAAACUAAAGUAUUAUU